GCCGGUGAGGGAGGAGGGGAAAAAAGGCGCGGAGCCGGGAGAGAGGAGUCGCCAUUUUGUUUUUUUUGAAAAAAUUAGGCCGUUACGAGAGGGAGAGAGAAAGAAGGGAGGGGGUGGUAACGGUUAAAAUUCAAAAGAAAACAGUAGAGUUACCCCUCCCCCCUCGACUUUAGUUGUUUUUUUCUCUGUGUGUGCGUGGUUUAAAAUUUUCCCCGCCCCCACCGACGAUGGACGUGAAGAAGCUGAAGGUGGCCGAACUGAGGCAAGAGCUGCAGGAAAGGGGCCUCGACACCCGCGGCCUCAAGGUCGAGCUGGCCCAGCGGUUGCAGGAGGCCCUGGACGCCGAGCUCCUGUCCGAGGAAGGGGGAGGAGGCGGUAGAGGAGGCGGCGGUGGCGGAGACGAGCCGAGGCCUAGCCAGGCCUACACCGAUGGCGGCGGCGGCGACGACGUCGACGACGACGAGGAGGAUGAAGAAUUAUUAGCCGACGAAGAGGAGGACGAGGAUGAGGACGACGAGGAAGAUCACGAGGAGGGGGGAGGAGGAGGAGGAGAAGCCGAGGCCUUAGCAGAGGCAGGCUGCCCGGGUCAUGAGGAAGGCGACGACAGCGGGUGGCCCGCAGGCCAGCUCGGGGAUGAGGGGAGGCCUACCUUCCCGGAGCAGCAACAGGAGGCGAUGGACGACUCGGAGGCCCCGGCGUCGUCUGAGGCGGUGGAAGGAAACCGGUCCGUGAAGGAGGAAGAGGAGGAGGCCCAGCGGCCCGAGCCCGGGCAGGCCCAGGAACGGAAUGGCGGGGAGCCGCAGGCCGCUGAAUCGGCCACAAAACCAAACAGUGAGCAGGAGCCUAAAGAGGGAGGCAGUGAGGAGCGCGCUUCAGUCAGCGAGGAACGACCACCUGUGAACGAGCGGCGAGGACAGAAGAGACGGCACGACGAUCGCGGCCGUGGGUACUACGAGUUCAGAGAGGAGACUUACUACAACCGGGCAAAGUCCCCGGUGCCUGCGGGGGAGGAGGAGGCUGAAGAGGAAUUUGACGACAGUUUAGUUUGUCUCGACACCUAUAAUUCUGACAUUCAUUUCCAAGUGGCCAAGGACCGUUAUGGUGGGCAGCCACUCGCCCCUGAGAAGUUUGCCUACCUUUGGGCCGGUGUGCGAGCUACCUAUGGUGUGACCAAGGGGAAAGUCUGCUUUGAGGUGAAGGUGACCCAGAAGAUUCCUGUCAAACAACUGCCCGAGAGCGAAAGUGAGCGCCACCUUGUCCGUGUGGGUUGGUCCCUGGACAGCUCCUCGCUGCAACUGGGAGACGGGGAAUUUUCCUAUGGGUAUGAUGGAGCCGGGAGAAAGUGGGAAAACUCCAAGUUUGAGGAAUAUGGAGAGACGUUUGAUGAAAAUGAUGUCAUUGGUUGUUUUGCUGAUUUUGAUAGUGAGGAGGUGGAACUGUCCUUUUCGAAGAACGGAACAUGCCUCGGUGUGGCCUUCUCAAUUAGCAAGGAGUCCCUUGGCGAGGAAGCACUAUUCCCUCACAUCCUUUCUAAAAACUGCGCAGUGGAGUGCAACUUUGGCCACAAAGAGGAACCUUUCUUCCCGAUUCCAGAGGGCUAUGUCUUCAUUCAGAAUGUUAUCUUGGAAGAGCGUAUUCGGGGAGCAGUUGGUCCCAAAACUAAGGAUGCAUGUGAAGUCAUAAUGAUGGUUGGGCUGCCAGGAGUGGGUAAGACGACUUGGGUGAAGAAGCACGUGGCCGAAAAUCCAGAGAAGCGGUACAUUGUACUGGGCACACACAAUAUUCUGGACAAGAUGAGGGUCAAAGGACUGGAAGGACCUGAAAUGAAUGCAGAGCGACGGAAUGUUCUGACCCAGCAGGCGACACAGUGCUUGAGUAAAUUCAUUCAGAUCGCAGCCUGCAAGAAGCAUAACUAUAUCCUUGAUCAGACCAACGUCUACAGCUCAGCUCAACGGCGGAAGAUGAUUCCCUUCAAAGGAUUUUACCGCCAGGCUAUGGUGAUUUGCCCAAGUGAUGAGGACUGGAAGACAAGAAUGAAGCUGCGAACUGCAGAGGAGGGUGACGACGUCCCAGACUUUGCACUGAAUGAAAUGAAAGUCAAUUUCACGCUCCCUGAGGCGAGCGAUUUCCUGGACAAGGUGACCUACGUGGAGCUGGAGAAGGAACCGGCCAGCAAACUGGUGAGCAAAUAUCGAGAUGAAGCGAAGAAAGCCAGGCCACAACAGGAGAAACGGCAAGAUCGACGUAACUACCGCAAUCGCAACGACCGGGACCGGAACUAUGGUGGUUAUCGCAUGGGCAGGUGGGACAAUAGGAACUACGAUCGGCCACAGUACGGGCAUGGAUGGGGCCCAGCCUAUGGCAAUCACCCAGCAUACAGAGAGGAUUACCAUAAACCUUAUGACCGAUACAGGCAGCAGUACGACCGGCCUUACCCGCAGCCCUAUGACUACCACAGAUACCGGGACUAUUACCGGGAUUACGCUCGCGAGUGGCAUCGCUAUUACGAGGAGCGAAACCGCUACUACAACAGUUACUAUGGUUACCGAUGAAAGCUGAACCUUGUGCGAACCUCCCCUUCCCUUCUCUUCCCCUAACUCUUACCCUUCCCGUCUCCCCUCAGUAGCCCACCACCCCCCAGCCAAGCUGCAACAUAGUUUCAUUCCAAUGGAGCAGCAGGUAGCCGUGGGGGCUUCACUCAGAGUUUUUGGCUAGUGUUUAGAUGUUCUGUUUUUAUUUUUAAUUUUAUUUCUACUCUCAUUUUGACAAGGUGAGUGCCUGGCUUUCCAGGGGGCAUUUCAGCUCUUCCUCAAUGGAUGUACCACAGUAGUUAAUAUGGAAUGUAUAAAGGACACUCUCUCUCGCUGAUGCGUGCUGCCUCCCAUUUCUAUCUGUUCACGUGUGCUGUCUUGCACUCGUGUGCGUAGUAUUGCAUUCGCACCCUCUCAUUUUCCCUCCCAUAUCCGCAACAGGUCUUAACACUUACGCUUGCGUGUGCACAUGUAAACGUGCCAGGAAACACUUUUUAAUUCCUUUAACGCCCUUUAACACUGGCAGAACUGCUGUUUGUGCAGGUCCUGAGUGGAGUUGUGCAGAGGCAAUGCCUUUCAAUAAAUUUUUAGUCAACCUGGCAGCUUAAGAUUGCUCAAAGGCUGCAAGAUUUACUCCAGUCCCUGCUGACAUGAGCCCCAUCCCUGGUUGAAGAAUGCUUCACAGGUGUGCAGUCAAACUGAUGUUCAGUGCUAGCAUCUCUUCAGGGCAAGCAGAGGGGCGAAUGAGUAAACCUGGCCUUUUCUGCCCAACUGAGACCCACCUAUACACGUUGCAGUCUUAAUAUUACACCCCUGUGGUGGCAUGUGAUCCCUCGUUAGCUAAUGUAAAGCUGAAACCACUGUCACGAUGCCAACCUCAAGAUUACACUUCAUGCAGGAGCCUCUGUCUUUCCUGCAGCCAAGUGGCAGAAUGUCAUACUUUUCAAGUGUAUGGUCUGGCUUUGGGGCUUAAUGACAGGUGGUGGAGGGAUGGGGAAAGAGAGAGAGAGCAAGUUUACGCGUGUGGACUACUGUGUCCAUGUCACGCAAUCCUUUCCAGCCUGUAUCACACAGAUAAGCGCGCAUGUCUUCUCCUUAACUUCCUCCAUUAACCAACAGUUGCUACAGAGGCUGUGGCUCUGUUGCAUCUAAGCAGAUUAUGCAGUCCUACCCUAUCCCUAACUAGAUUAGAGACGUGCGGUGAGGGGAGUUUGCCCCUUUGCCAGUUCAGGAUGAGCUCUCUUAUUUUCUUUGGACAACAGCGAGAGGAGGUGGCUUCCCUCUUUUCCGUUGUGUUUGUUUUUAUCUUUUGGUGCUUAUUCUUCACAUCUUCUCGGUUACGCUGAUACCAGAUUAAUGCUGCAGACCAGGGGGAAUGCAGGCGUGAACGAGAAGAGCAAAAGAAGCUGAGUGGAGCCAAUAAUGUUGCAGUUUUUGUAUUUACAAUGCUUUGUACAGCCUCUCCUGCCACAGCCUUCCAGAAAAGCUUCUGUUUAUGUGCGCCUGCCUGCGUGUUUUCUUUUAAUUAUUUUACCCACGAGAGAAAUAAGACUUGCUUUUCAACUCAAGCGAUGUUUUUCCUAAUCAUUACCCUGCAGGGUUAUUAAUGUACAAUGCAGCCUUUUUAAUGUCAAGUUAGCUGUGGGGAAGGGAGGGCGGGGAUGGGUGGGAGGGUGGGGCAGAGAUGAGUCUAUUUUCUAAUAAAUGCAUUUGAUCCUUCUAACAGUUCUUUCCUCGCGCCAUGUUGUGGAGAAAGUUGGGAAGCUGGCUGGUCUGCAGCAUGUCAGGCCAACAGUCGACCCAGUUGUUUGCCUGAUUUUCUCCCCCACCGACUUGUGUCAAAACAAGUGCAUGGUUUUGCGAUGGGAGAAUCCCAUCAGCAUCUGGGAAGGGCGCGACAAAUCUAGGCUUGUUCAGUGGAUUUAAGUUCUACCUGCCUGCCCCCCGACUCCGUGAUCAAGGGGUGGUUUCAAAUAGAGUACGCUUGCCUCUCUUAGCCCUGUCAGCCUCGUUAGUGGUCACCUACUGAGGACAGCCAGGGCUGGGGUCCCAGGCACAGGUACUUGGGCAGGUAGUGACUGGAAUCAUACCAGGCAGAACUGGUAUAGGUUAAACUCGUUAUUCUCUGGCCCAGUCUUUGCUUGUGCUGCCAUACAACAUCUGGUGAUAAUGCCUAUGUGAAGUGUCCCUUCUGACCAUAGGACUUGGAAUAAUACCCUUUGAAUUCUUCCUUCUCUGAGGGCUUUUGAUCUUCAGAGGAAGGUGAAGGUGUUUCGGGGGGGGCAAAAAAAGUAGCCUAAUUGUUUAAUCCCCAUCAUGAAUUCUUCUUUUAAAAUAGAAUGGUUAAAUCCCUGCUUCAAGUGUAUAAAGUUACUCUGUCUUUAGUGCCAGACAGAAGACGAGAUUAAGGGAAAAAUAAUUAACCCACCCCACCCAUGCACAAAGCUGGAUUUCACACUCCGUAGCUGACAGGAAUCCUGAAUGUCAUGGGGCUAAAUGUUUAUUGUAGGUCGAUGGGGCUUGGUGCCAAUAGCUCUGUCAAGUUCACUUUUCACAUGUUGGUGUGUGCAGUGCUCCUUACUGCAGCCUGUAAACAUGUGGUUGCUGAAUGCAUCCCUGCCCCUGAGCAAUGCUAUUUUUGUUUUCCCUCCCUUUCCCCCCUCAUCUUUUACCAGUUCUCAUCUCCCCUGUUUCACUGCGGCAAGUAUACUGAGCUACAUAGAUGUGCUGCGGAAUCUCUCAUGGCGCACUGAAUGGGAGUAAGUUCUUGGAACUGGCUUGAAGUUGGAUGCAUGCUUCCUUGUACCUGGAAUGUCAUUCGGAAGGUGAUGCAUGAGAUUUUGCAUCAUUUGGUAUUUGGCACUGAUAUUGAUGAACUUGCCUCAGUGUUAGAAUGAUGCUUUUUACAUGAAAUAUGUUUAUUUAAAUUUUGCCUGUGGUGAUUAAAUGAUUGAUUGGUACAAGCAGUGACUGCAGCUACAGAUACUUGCGGGGCACACUGAGCAUAAAUUCCUUUUAAAGACAGCAAAAGAUCUCUCCAUUUCCCCCACCUGUCCCCUAUCUCCAACAUCUCCCCUCCUUAGCUAGAGCCUCUGCAGUUCAUGACCCCAGUCGUUCUGUUGGGAACCAUUUGAAGUGUUCUUGCUGAAGAGGUGUUUAAGUGUGGGUUUUUUUUCCCAGGAUGCAAAUAUAUAUAUUUUUUGACACACUAAUCACUGAUGAGGUCCUUGCCGAGCAUAUUUUGUGAUGUUUUUUUGUAAAGAAAAGCCAAUCUUUUUCAAUGCACAAGGAAUUUUCUGGAUCAACAAUACUUGGCCUUUAGAGAGGUUUUUGUAAAUGGUAUUUCUGCCUCUAAUUGACCCUGGAGUCUCUCAGAGCAGUCAACUUCUAAUUGUCCUUGGCUGUUCCUAAGUGUGAAUAAUGUCAAAGGUUUGAAAUAUUGCACCUUGUCUUGACAGGGGAGACAUGACAUGGCUGCAAUACAGCACCAGAAUAGUACUUUGUACUUGGUCUAAUCAUCUCCCUAAAAAUAUAGUCUGUCAUCAUGAGCAGUGCCAUGGGAGGGCAGCCAUUUGUGACAAAUGAUUCAAGGGUGGGAGGGGGCAGUAGAAAAAGAGUUCAUUUGCCCAAAAUAGCUCCAGCAGUCCUAUGGUUACAAAUUGACACUUCACCGUGGCUGUUUUCCUUGAUGGACCCUCAAGUGAAUGAGUUUCUGCACAGAGGAGUUUGAUAGGCAGCGCUCAUUUGCAGAGUUGUCAACAUGAACUCAUUAACGUAGACUGCACUGCCUGGGCAAUCUACGUGCACCAAAAACCCUGAAAGCCAUGCUCUGCAUCAGCCCUGCUGUUUUGCAAUAUCCUUGAUUUUUGUAAUGCUGCCUCGCAGUGUCUGUUUUUAACCUUUUUGGGGGUGAGGGAGGGAGGGACCCACUGACAAUGCAGGAACAAAAAAAAAAUGGGACUGUCUGGUAAUAAUAAAUGUGUGUACAAUGGAGUUUGUGUCUGUAACUGGGCACGGUGCUGCCUAGCGGUAGUGAAAUGUUAAGGUAGUACCAAAACCGAGAGAUUUUAAUGGAAAAAAAAAUACAGUAAAUAAAAAUAAUUGCUGUAA